AAAGGGCGGUGCUCCCCGCCAUGGGCAACCAGACGAUCCAUAGGGCUGACACAAAGCCAGAAGACAUCUAGAAAAGCGAUAUUGAAUCUUGGCGUCGCGCUUGAGAUCUCCCCCUCCCCUCCAACGAAUACUCGAUAUGGGAUGGGCGAGGGGGAGCACUUGAACACUUUCCUGUUCCAGACAAAGCGGGAUUGAGGGCCCUCUCAAUGGGUAGGCACACACGCACGACAUACGCUUCUGGUCGACAUGGAGGAGGCAAGUUCUGUGCUUCCAGCUUUAGUAAAUGCGACGGACGCAUGCCCGGAGCCGUUGCUUGAUCAGUCGCUCUUUGGAGUGAAGAGAGGAUAUCAAGCCGGACGUUACUGCGGUCUCGGGGCAUUAUCAGAUGGAAACACAUGCUGUUUGCCAUGUCCGAUUCAAGACUGGGUAUAUCAUUCAGAAUGGAAGCAACAACUCCGGAUCUCAAACUACCUCUCCAUCCUCUCAGUCGCACUCUGUGUCUUCCUCCUCCUCUCCUUCGCCGUGCUCCCGGCGUCUGCAACCCGCCGACACUACCUCUCCGUGGGCCUCCUGUUCCCUGUCCUUUCCAUCAGCCUCUCGUUCGUCAUUCCCAUCGGCUCGAACCCGGACCUAUGCUACGACGCCAUCACGCCCAACGACAUGAACUCGUCAGCGUCCUGCGCGUGGACCGGCGCGCUCGUCACGCUCGGCGGGCUCGCCAGCGUCAUCUGGGUCUUCCUUCGCAGCCUGUGGCUGCACGUCCGCGUCGUGUGGGACGUGGCGCCAGGGAGGGGGUUCAAGUGGGCGAGUAUCGCGGCGGGGACACUGUUGCCGCUGGGGUUCCUGGUUGCGAUUCUCGUUCGCACGGGGUUCUCGUACCGUAUGGGGCGGACGUGCUUGCCGAAUCAUGAGGAUGCGAUCGUGACGUUUUGGGCGUGGUUGAUGGCGUUUGCGGUCGCGGCGUUUGUCCUGCAGUUCGUUACGACGGGGUACUGUGUUAUGGUUUACUUGAGGACGCUGAGGAGGGAGAGGAGCCGGGCGAGGAGCACGUUUGAGCGUGGAGGUCGGGAACGGCUCGAUACGUGGCGAGAGGUUAAGAAGAUGCUGGUGUUGCAGUGGAGGAAUAUUCUUGUCAGCAUCUUUGUGUUGGUAGGGAGUGUGGCUUUCUUUGUGGUGUUCUGGGCUCAGGACUCGAAGCUGGGCCGAGUGGAUAAUGAGGAGGAUCUGGUGGCCGUGAAGACUUGGAUUGAGUGUCAGAUGGCUAGUCGUGGGGACAAGGCGCAGUGUAGGAAGUAUGUGGAGGGCUUGACUGUCCCUUUCGCAUCUGUACUCACGGCUCUGAUCUUGGCUUCCCUGGUCGGUGUAGAAAUAUUCAUCCUACUUUUCCGUCUUUCCAUGCUCAAGGCAUGGAUAACUCUCUUCCGUUCUCUACCACGUCGCCUUCGCAACAUCUACGCCUCCAUACGGCGCCCCCCUUCCAACGACCCAGACGAGCUUCCCAUGACCACCGGACCAGAGACAAAAGAGAAUAAGACACCCUAUAUCCCACCAAUCGACACCAAAACUCCAGGCCCAACACCACGAAGCAGCAGUGUGAGCGGCGUAAUGGGACCCACGUACAUAGAGAACAUAUCCCCGAUUCUGCCCCCGACGGAAGCCCACGUGCGGUCGCCAAUCUCGCCCGUAGAGUCUCUUCCGUCUCCAGUGUCAGAGUGGGAAUGGAAUGUUUCGGAGAUGCGGGAGAGCAUGCGAUCGCCGACUCUGAGGCCGAAGGUCGAUGACUCGUUCACACCGCAUCGCAAUCCGCCCCCGCCGCCUUCGCGCAACUUUUCUCUGCCCGGGGCGUCGAGACGGCAUAGUCUGUUGCGGUUGUCGUCGACAAAUUUCAUUCCGUUGCGAUCGUCUAUUCAGAGAACGAACUCGGCGAGGAUGAGGCUGAAGUCGAGGAUUAGUGAUCCUGUGCCUGGGACCUUUGUGCAUGUUGCUGGAGCAUUUAUCAAUGAUGGGGAGGUGGGAGAUGAGAAUGAACACAUGGAGAGUUGAGUUCACGCGGGAGUUGAGUCUGAUUGUGCAUAAUUGUCACUCUUUCU